AUGGGCGCUCCCCCGCACGGUAUGCCGCCGCGCCCCGACUUUGCCGCCGGUCUGCCGCCGCCGCCUCCGCCGCACCACCACGACCACCGCCCCGAGCCGUCGUCGAACCGGCAGGCGAGGCGGCUGUACAUUGGCAACGUCACCCUCGAGGCGACCGAGGCCAACCUGUGCGGCUUCUUCAACGAAAAGAUGCGCGAGCUCAAGCUCAACACCGAGGAGGGCGAUCCGUGCGUGGCGGCCCAGGUCAACCCGGAAAAGGGCUACGCCUUCCUCGAGCUGCGCAACCCGGACGAGGCGACCAACGCCAUGUCGUUUGACGGAAUCGUCUUUCAGUCGCAGUCGCUCAAGAUCCGCAGGCCAAAGGACUACACGGGGCCCGACGUCCGACCGCCGCCCAACAUCCACGUGCCCGGCGUCAUCAGCACCAACGUGCCCGACUCGCCCAACAAGAUCUUCGUCGGCGGCCUGCCGACCUACCUCACCGACGAGCAGAUCAUCGAGCUGCUGCAGUCGUUUGGCGAGCUGCGCGCCUUUAACCUGGUCAAGGAGGCCGGCACGGGCGCGUCCAAGGGCUUCGCGUUCUGCGAGUACGUCGACCCGGCCCUCACCGACCUCGCGUGCCAGGGCCUCAACGACAUGGAGCUGGCCGACCGCAAGUUGGUGGUGCAGCGCGCGAGCAUGGGCAACGACCGCCGCAACGCCCAUGGCGCCGCCGGCACGGGCCCCAACGCCGGCCCGCUCGGCAGCGGCGGCGUGGCCAACCUGCCCCCUUCGCUGCGCAACUUUGCCGGCAACGGCGGCGACGCCGGCGAGCCCACGAGCUGCAUGGUGAUGCUCAACAUGGUGACGCCCGAGGAGCUGCAGUCGGACGACGAGUAUGCCGACAUUGUCGAGGACAUUCGCGACGAGUGCACAAAGUACGGCAACGUGACCGACGUGCGCAUCCCGCGGCCCGCCAAAAAGUCCAAGGGCGCCGCCGCCCAGACGUGGAAGCGCACCCAGGAGCCCAGCGAGGACAAAAAGGCCGACGAGGAGCGCGAGGGCGUGGGCAGGGUGUACGUGCGGUACGAAAAGGUCGACGAGUGCGCCGCGGCGCUGCGCGCCAUUGCCGGGCGCCAGUUUGGAGGCAGGCUGGUCAUCUGCGCCUACCUCAAGGAGGCUGACUGGCCCAGCGACGAGGACGGCGGCCAGAAUGCCGAGGACACCGCUGCGCAGGCCAGCGGACCCGGCUUCGUCGACGGCGCCGGUACCGGUGCGGAUGCCGAUGCCGCCGAGGCGGCCGUGGCCCAGGCCGGCCCCAAUGGCCAGGCGCCCGCCCCGGCGCAGCAGGACGAUGACGACGGCGAAGCCGACAUGGCCAUGGGCGACGACGACGACUGA